AUGGAUGAUAUAGCUGUACCAAUCGCAUCAACGUCUGGCGGUGCUGACGAUUCAGUCAUCGCUUUCCAGUAUCCAUGGGCUCUUAAAGUGUGCCAAAGACAAAUCGAAGAUGAAUCGAUUCUUCUGAAUGUAUCCAGGCCGUUUUCCACGUCCUACAAACAUGUGCAGUUCACAUGGGCGCUGCGGCUCACCGAUGAAUAUGUGUUAUCCAAUAAUGCCGCCGUUGACUCCAAUCGCCACGUGCUUCUGCAUCUCUACUACAAAGAGGGACCAUGUCCCGAGGUGGCAGUUGAAGAGGUCCGAGCGCAGAUUCUUGAUCCGACAACAAACGAGACUCUAUUCGCUGGACUGGCUCUUACACCAACCGAGUUUUCACGAGGAUCCGGAUGGCCAAUCCACGUGGAAAAGGAGCGACGAGCCGAGUUUACCGAAUUCUUGCACAAAAGUGUUGACUCGAGUCUGUUGGUGGUUGUUGAGAUUCGAAUGAAGGAGUCUCUAUUCGAACCACUCAACUAUCUUCCGGAUGUGGAAACUGCGUUCAGAAGUCAGAGAAUCGAGAAAGCUGUGCAUAAAUUCGUCGACGACGUUAUCAACGGAAAGAUUCGCAUUCCUGAAUUGGAGCAUGUCGAUGAGAAACAAGCCGACAAGUUUUCGGUGCAUCGUUUGAUCUUCAUCUACGGAGUCGACACCGUAUCUCGCGAAAUCUCAGAAAACGAUCAGCACAGUGAAAUUUGUGAACAACUCGUGAGAAAUACAUUCGCCCAUAUCUACUUCGAAAGGGUUCUCUCGAGGGAAAUCAAGUAUUUUGAUGAUUUUGUGACUCUCGUUGAAGGCCUCACCUAUGCACAUCUUCCUGCUCUUCGAAAAGAAGUCGAGCGAUUUAUUUGUCAAGAAGUGAUCCAGAUUCAGGCUGAUAUGGAUCCAUCGUUUGCUAAACGGCUACUUCUGGUUUCUGAAAAAUACAACUUGGAUGUGCUCAAAAUGGUGAUAAACGGUUUUCUUGUUGAUCAGAUUAUUGGAAAUUCAAAUCCGCCCAAAGAACUCGUCAAUAUCACACACGAACUGCAUCAGAUGGCUCAUGAAAUCCGUGAAAACGAAAACAUUGAGAAUAUCGUGGGUACGGUAGUCACCGAUCUUCAAGAAUUGACCCGUCGUGUUCGUCGGGUUUCCCUUUCACACUCGCCAUCACAAUCGUCCCAUAGCAGUUCCCCUCUGGCCACUCCUACUAACGGAAGUGGAUCUCCAUCAGUUCCAGCUCCAUUCGACUCUCCAACGAGCCGAUUCAAGAGAGUUUCCCUUGCAUAA